AUGAAGUUCUCCAUCCCCCAAGUCCUCGCAGCGCUUAGCCUCGCCAGCGUCGUCGCCGCCGACUUCCACAUCCUGACGGGCCCCUGCUCCAUCGCCCCCGGCUUCGGCGGCAGCCUCGAGUCCUACGCCGUCGCCUGCCCGUCCAACUACUACAACUGCGACUGCAUGCUCAACGGCGACCGCACCGGCCACGUCAUCGCCGGCGAGACGCCCGUCUACGGCCUCUCGUCCACCGGCUCCAACUACUUUGAGCUCGACGGCAUGUGCGGCACCGGCAACCUCAACUUUUACCUCCAGAGCGAUGGCACCUGGCUGUUUUACAUUGCGGGCGGAGACGGCAGCGUCCAGGGCACGUGCUACAAUGGGGAUAACAGCGUUACGGACUGCAAUGAGUUCAGCGCGGCGUGCAGCUUGAGCAACAUCUUGGUGUGCUACUCGUACAUUUGCGAGCCUUGA